AUUAAUAUCAUAGAUUAUUUGGGGAUUAGUAACACAUGAAUGUAUGGCUCAAAUGGGAUCAUAUUUCCUGAUGGGCUCUGUAGUGUGCCCAUAGUAACAAUGCAGGAUGAGAGGAGUUGGUUCUUUGGGACCACUGGGGUUUUUUUUACACUGUGUGUAUUGUGCUUGUUUAGUUCUCUCAUUUGAAGCCUCUUGUAUAAAGCUUUUUUAAAAUUGAAAAUGUCAGAGAAUAAUGGGAUUGAAGUGGUUUGUUUGUGCAUUUUAUGUUUUCACAACUAAUUUUACAAUUGUAUGUAUGGAGGAAUUGUGAUUAUUUUUCUUUUGUUGUGGAAGAUGAAAGCUUGAGGGGUUUUUUUGCUUUUUUCUUUUUUGUAUGUUUUGUUUUCCUUUUACCUCUUUUUUUUUCAUUGUACAAACUGGAAUGCAGUCCAGAACAGUGCUGAGCUUCUAACUAGAAUGUAUUUCCAUCUGUAGUCAGUCAUUGACUUCAAUAGAUCUUUGUAUUGGACCCUCAGCAAAACCCAUAAGAAUUCAGAGCCUAAGGCUUUUUAAGAUCAGAAACUGAGCUACUUGGUUUCUUUCAUAUAUAAAUACAGUGAUGUGGUAUUUGCCUUUCUAACCAUACAGAAGAAGAAUGUUUUAAAUUAAACAAACAAUCCAUUUUCAUUAAAAUGCUCAGUCUGUCAUUUAAAUGACAUGAAUACAUUUGUCUUUAUAUUUGGGCUUGAUCCUCUGUUCCUUAUUUAACUCGGGCAAUGUUCUACCCAAGUGAGAUCUGACCCACAGAUUCUUGAACCCUGUCAGACUUAUGGGAUACCUUGAACUGCUUCCUCUCAAGGUCCCCUAAGAUAACAAAGCAAAGUGACUGAAGAAGGAGAGAUGGCAGAGAAGCUGGGACUCCAAUUUACAGUGCUCUAAACAAAGGGUACUUUAGGUGUGCUGGCAUCUACUGUUGGUUUUCUGCACUGUGAUGGAGCUGGUGAAGUCUGACAGAAACCCAUAUGUGAAAUCUAGUGGAGCCUGCCAGAUGCGCGGUGUCCAAAAUACCUUGGACAUAGGUAUGGACUUGCUGGAGAGAUGACCUGCAGGAAACAUCCAGCUCCUGUGCAGGUGCAGAGUAGUUGCUUUUCGUGUUCUGAUGGUGGCUUGCGAAUCCUCGAUGAACUUGAGAAAACUAGACAUGUGAACCUUUACUGCUCCAAUGGGUGGCUGAAGCAAAAUGUAAUGCCUGAGGUGUAACCUUCUCUUGUUCAUAAGGUCUUUGUGUGGUUUUAUUGCAUUUUUGUAUAAACCUUAAAUGCUGUUGUUUUUUUGUUUGUUUGUUUGUUUUUUUGUCUGAUUUAAGGGAGUCCUAUCCUGAAGAAAGAAAUCCAGGUGAAGGAAGACCAUGCCUUUGUUUAGUAAAUCACACAAAAAUCCUGCUGAGAUUGUGAAAGUUCUGAAAGAAAACAUGGCCAUAUUGGAAAAACAAGAAAAAAAGACAGACAAGGCAUCAGAGGAAGUGUCAAAAUCUCUGCAAGCAAUGAAGGAAAUUCUGUGUGGGACCACAGACAAAGAGCCACCCACAGAAAUCGUGGCCCAGCUGGCACAAGAGCUCUACAACAGUGGCCUUCUAGUGACACUUAUUGCCAACCUGCAGCUGAUAGAUUUUGAGGGCAAAAAGGAUGUUUCCCAGAUAUUCAACAAUAUCUUGAGAAGACAAAUUGGCACACGCAGCCCUACUGUGGAAUACAUUAGUGCCCAUCCACAUAUCCUAUUCAUGCUUCUAAAAGGAUAUGAAUCCCCAAAUAUUGCCUUACGUUGUGGAAUUAUGCUGAGGGAGUGUAUCCGCCAUGAACCCCUGGCCAAAAUCAUACUAUUUUCAGAACAGUUCAGAGACUUUUUUAAAUAUGUGGAAAUGUCAACAUUUGAUAUUGCUUCUGAUGCCUUUGCUACAUUCAAGGACCUGUUAACACGACACAAAUUGUUGGUGGCAGAAUUUCUGGAACAAAAUUAUGAUGUAAUCUUUGAGGAUUAUGAAAAACUCCUUCAUUCUGAGAAUUACGUAACAAAGAGACAAUCUUUGAAGCUUCUGGGUGAACUGAUUCUGGACCGACACAACUUUGCCAUCAUGACAAAAUACAUCAGCAAACCAGAAAACCUGAAGCUGAUGAUGAACUUGCUGAGAGACAAAAGCCCCAACAUUCAGUUUGAAGCAUUCCAUGUGUUCAAGGUUUUUGUGGCCAGUCCAAACAAAACACAGCCUAUUGUGGAGAUCCUGUUGAAAAACCAACCCAAGCUAAUUGAGUUUCUGAGCAAUUUCCAGAAAGAAAGGACAGACGACGAACAAUUCACUGAUGAGAAGAACUACCUGAUUAAGCAAAUCCGAGACUUGAAAAAGCCAACGGCAUGAAAAACACCUCUUGUUUUCCACUGUAGGCAUUAAUCUCAGUUGUUAAGUUCCUCUGUGUCCCUUAAACACCACAAUAGUGCUUGAGAAGGCACAAGUGCCUGGUUUUUAUUUUGUCUUUGUUCCUAGAUGUCAAGAAUAUAGGGGUUUUACAUGAGAACUAAAAAACCAAAAAUCUAGAAUAAUAUAUGAUUUUUAAUCAAGCCUAUAAUUAUUUAUGUCAGUUUAGAAUUUCUCUGUAAUAGAAGCUGAUUUGACAAAUGUUUUUUUUGUGCUCAAGAAGAAUGAACCUUUUUGCUUAACUUUAUCAAAAAACUCAAGCACUGGCAAGUGCACAGAGCAGAAAUUCUGAGGACUGUGACAUUGUCCCUUCACACCUGUAGUUGUGACUUGGUUCUAGCACUGCACACACACAAGACUGUGAAAGAGUACAUUGGUCUCUGGAGUUAGCUGCACUUAUAGGUCAGGUUCUUUAGUGAAAGCUACAGAAGGUGAAAAAGCAGUAAAGGUCAUGUUUUUGC